AUGAAAGCGGUUCGAAUUGAACAGUUCGGUGAACUACAGCAACUGCGAGUAUCCACCAUCCCGAGGCCAGACCCAGCACACAAUGAGGUUCUCAUCAGAGUCAUGGCCGCGGGUGUCAAUUAUGUUGAUGCACUCUACGUCCAGGGCAAACACCAGAACAACCGCAGCCUAGUCCGCCCACCAUUUACAUUAGGCCUCGAGUUCUCAGGCAUCAUCACAUCAUGCCCCCCAAACUACCAUCUCCAGCCCGGCGAUAGAGUCUUCGGGGCCUCCCUGGGCUCAUACGCCGAAUACAUCAGCGUGCCAGCCUCCACCAACCUCGAGAAGCUCCCCUCAUCUUGGUCCUUCGCCGACGCUGCCGGCCUGGGCGCCACCCUACCUGUAUCCUAUGGCGCUCUGAUGCUUCGAGCCGGCUUGAAGCGAGGGGAGACCGUCCUCGUGCACUCCGCCGCUGGGGGCCUCGGCAUCAUGGCCGUGCAGAUCGCCGCCGCCCUCGGCUGCCGGGUGAUUGGCACCGCAGGCUCAGAGGAGAAGUGUUCGUACGCGAAGAAGCACGGUGCGAGCUUCUGCCUGAACUACAACACCGACCCCGACUGGUCUGGCAAGGUCCUGGAGCUCACGGAGGGGGCUGGGGCAGAUGUGGUGUUUGACCCCGUGGGCCUCGUGGACCUCAGCCUGAAGUGCAUUGCUCACAAGGGCAGGGUUCUGAUUGUCGGAUUUGCUGGGAGAGGUGGGCAGAUGGAGAGCAUUGCGAUGAACAGGGUGCUUCUGAAGCAGGUCAACUUGAUUGGCUAUCGAUAUGGUGAAAGCUUGCGUCGAUACCCAGAAGAAAACCGUCGUAUAUGGGACGAGCUGAAACCAAUGAUCGAGGGAGGGAAAAUUGAGCCAACAGUCUCGCAACUGUAUGAAGGCCUAGAAAGUGUACCAAAUGCGCUGGUCCACCUAAUGGAGCGGAAAACGUUGGCGAAAGCUGUGGUGAAGGUCGCAACUGAUGAAGCUGAGAUGGCAUUAUCAAAGCUGUAG